AUGCCGAAUACUAAAGAUACUUCGGCAAAUCCUGCAAGCAGUUCUGGAAAUGCUGCACUUGGGCAGCUGAAUCCGGAAACAUCCACCCCCAAGGUCAAGAAGGAAAAGAAGAAGCAUAGGCUGCAACUACAGGAAAUGGAGAAGGUUAAGACGCUUGUCCAUCGCCGAGGCCUUGCAAAAGGUAAGGUCACCAAAGUCCUCAACAUCCUGAAUCCCGAAGAUGAAGAACCGCCAGUGCUGACAGAGGCCCAGAUCAAAGUCCACCAACGUAAAGUCGAAAGUGCGUACACAGAGUACAACGAACUCCAUGUGAAGAUCCUUGAGCAGCUCACUGAGGAACAACAGAAUGCCCAAGACAUGAACUACGCUGAGUUUGAGGAGCUUUACGACCAAGUGUCAUUGAUACUUGAGGAACAGCAGCAAGACCUUCUGCGGAAUAAUGAUGCGAUCCCAAACCAGCAGAAUGUGGGUGCCUAUCAACAACCUCCGGUGGUAGUGCACCAGCCUCUUCGGAUGCCAGUCCCAACUUUCGAUGGCCAAUAUGAGAACUGGCCUAAAUUUAAGGCCAUGUUCAAAGAUUUGGUUGACAAAUCACCGGAUCCUCCCGCAGUAAAGCUUUACCAUUUAGACAAAGCAUUAGUGGGAUCUGCGGCUGGUUUGAUAGAUGCGAAAACCAUCAACGAUGGGAACUAUGCCCAUGCUUGGGUAAUUCUAGAAGAAAGAUACGAAAACAAGCGCCACACUAUCGGGAAACAUAUCGAUAGCCUCCUAUCCUUGAAAAGGAUGACCAAGGAAUGCCAUACCGAGCUGCGUAACCUAGUGGACGAUUGCACAAGGCAUGUGGAAAGUUUGAAGUUUCUCAAUCAAGACUUUUUGGGAGUAUCGGAUUUGUUCUUGGUGCAUCUACUAACUGCAGCAUUGGACAAGGACACUCGCCGAAGAUGGGAGUCAACCAUAAAGCACGGCGAGCUACCGACCUACGAUAACAUGAUAACGUAUCUAAAGGAGGAGUGCUUUAUUAUGGAGCGAUGCGAGACUACCAGCCACAAGCAACCUCAGCCGAAACUACACAAGUCGUCCACCCAGAAGGUCAAUGCUGCUAUCACGUCUGGAAAUGAAGCAAAAUGCGAUUUCUGUGGCAAGAACCAUUUGAACUUCUCUUGUCCUGAUUUCAAAUCUCUCAACGUCCAAGAACGACUGGCUAAGGUUCGCGAACGCAAUGUCUGCUUCAACUGCCUGAAACGAGGGCAUCGCGGAAAGGACUGUCCGUCUGAGAAAACGUGCAACAAAUGUAAACGGCGUCAUCAUACCCUUCUUCAUGCGGAGGAACGAGCGAAGAUAGUCACCGAAAGCAAGGACACCACCAGCAAGCAGGAAGAGUCCCAGGUCCCGGAGCGAAGCGCUGAGCAGGUCCAGCUGACGAGUGCGACAUGCUCUAAGGAAGAAGUAGCAUUGCAGCAAGUGUUGCUUCUUACAGCGGUUGUGAAUGUCAUGGACAAGAACAACAAGCCCCACCCAUGUCGUGUUUUAUUGGACUCAGGAUUCCAGGCAAAUCUAAUAACACGCUCUACUGCUGAACUUCUUGGCUUGCAGCAGAGUCCAUCAUCGAUUACGGUGACUGGUGUGAACAACACUAGAAGUCGCGUUUCGAAAAGCACCGUGGUCGAGAUCCGUUCCCAGCAUUCCAAGUUUCACGCAAACGUUCAGUGCUUGGUGACCGAUGCUGUUACGUCUGUUCUGCCUACGUCGAAUGUUUCUGUGAAGAAUUGGGAGAUUCCUGUAGGAGUACGUUUGGCUGAUCCUGAUUUCUUCAAGCCUAGAAGGAUAGAUAUGCUGCUGGGAAACCAAUGGUUUUUGCGGCUGCUGCUACCAGGAGAGUAUUCCAUAGCAGAUGAUCUCCCUGUGUUGCGCGAAACUCAACUGGGCUGGGUUGUGGGUGGCAUGUGCAGCGAGCCGUUGGAUUCAAGUAUCAUAAUGCACGCACACGCCAUCACCUUGGAUGACUUGAGCAAAUCCGUUCAACGUUUCUGGGAAUUUGAAGGAGUACAGGAAGACUUGGAAAAAAGCAGCGAAGAAGAAGAAUGCGAAGCGCACUUCAAAGCAACACAUUGGCGGAGUUCUUCUGGCAGGUAUGUAGUUCAAGUUCCCCUUCGAGACUGUGUGGAUAGGCUUGAUGACUGUCGAUCGUUGGCCUUGCGUCGGUUUCAUAUUCUGGAACGAAAAUUUGAUCAGCAAACUGAUGUAAAACGACAGUAUGUUGACUUCAUGGAAGAAUACCAAGCCUUGGGACAUUGCAAAGUGAUUGAUGAGGCAAAGGAUGCGGAUGGAUUGUUGAAGUGUUAUUUACCUCACCACGCCGUGCUUCGACCCACAAAUACUACUACAAAAUGUAGGGUAGUGUUUGAUGCCUCAGCCAGCACAUCCGGAUAUUCACUCAACGAUGUUCAAAAGGUAGGUUCCAUCCCACAAAAUGACUUGAACUCCAUUGCCCUGCGCUUCCGUAUACCACGUUAUGCCUUGACGGCAGACGUUCAAAAAAUGUACCGCCAAACGCUUUUGGAUGAGUCGCACAGUCCCUUGCACCGCGUCUUUAGGAGGAAGGAUCGACAUGGACCGUUGAAGGUGCUGGAGCUCACCACGGUCACCUAUGGCACCGCAUCGGCUCCAUUUCUCGCCACAAGGGCACUCAAGCAAUUGGCGGACGACGAAAGAGGAAAGUAUCCAGAGGCUGCCAAGAUCGUGGACAACGAUUUCUACGUUGACAAUGCGCUUUUUGGAAGCAACGACAUUCGUGAAGCAGCGGAACUUCAGCGGCAGCUGGUUGAGUUGCUUGAAAGUGGAGGUCUGCACUUGCAUAAGUGGGCGUCCAAUGAAUCAUCAUUGCUGGAAACCAUACCUGAAGAAGAUAAGGAAGAAUUAGUGAGCAUUGAAGAAGAUGGAAUAAGUGAUAUAGUGAAAACAUUGGGCCUUAUGUGGGAGCCCAAAAUGGACUAUCUGUUGCUUGCAUCCCCACCGUCGUUCGAUGUUCAAACCCCAACAAAGAGACAAGUACUGUCGGUCAUCUCCAGAAUGUUUGAUCCCUUGGGAAUUGUGGCACCUGUUAUUCUGAUUGGCAAGUUGCUGAUGAAGGAUGUGUGGAAGGAAGAUGUUGGGUGGGAUGACGUCAUCGGCGGACAGCUAGAGCAACAAUGGAAAAAGUUCUUGGAAUCAGUAAGUGAAGUGAAUCAAAUUCGAGUUCCGCGUCAUGUGGUAGCGUCAAACGCUGUCCACAGUGAACUCCAUGGAUUUGCAGAUGCAUCACGUGAUGCAUAUGGGGCCUGCAUCUACGUGCGGUCGAUUGUACCUGGGCAACCAGCUGAAGUGAGACUGUUAUGUGCGAAGUCAAGGCUUGUUCCAAAAGCCGUUACAACGAUCCCACGAAAGGAGUUGUUGGGAGCGUUGCUAUUACAUCGACUGGUGAAGAAGGUACUAGGAGCAGUCCAGUUGAAGUUUGAGAAUGUCGUGUUGUGGUCAGAUAGCCAGGUGGUCUUAGCUUGGCUUAAGAAGAAUCCAGAACUGUUGGAGGUCUUUGUGAAGAACAGAGUUUGUGAAAUCAAUGCAACUGGUGAACAAUUUACUUGGAAGUACGUGAACACUAGUGAAAACCCCGCUGACAUUGUGUCACGGGGCCAAUCGGCUACCACCUUGGCAAAAAGUGAACUAUGGUGGACUGGACCGAAGUUUUUGAAGUGUGAAGACUAUGCGAACAUGAAUCCGGUACCGAUUCCGGAUGAAGAUCUCCCUGAACUAAAGUGUGCAGCUGUAGUCAAUGCAGUGGACCGGUUCGACGAGUUACCUGUCUUCAAGCGGUUUGAAUCCUUCCGGAAAUUGCAACGGGUCUUGGCGUAUGUGUUGCGAUUCGCUAAGAACUCGAAGCAAAAACAGAAGGAAGACCGUACCCUCAAGCUGUUCCCGACGGUUGCAGAACUAAGAGAUUCGUUGAAGGUAAUUGUGAAGGUUCAGCAAAAUCGACACCUUGCUGAAGAGAUAGCCUUGAUCCAGUCAGGUGAGUCAAGUAAGAAGUUGAAUCCACUGAGUCCUUUUCUCGACAACGAUGGUCUACUGAGAGUAGGAGGUCGCAUGGGAAAUUCCAAACUACCAUUCGAUGUCAAACACCAGCUGGUACUGCCGAGUCACAAUGUUGUUGUAAAAUUGUUGAUUCGGGCAAUUCACCAUGAGAAUCUUCAUACCGGUCCUUUGGGAGUACUAGCAGCACUUCGUAGACAAUUUUGGAUCACCAAUGCCCGCUCUGAAGUUCGAAAGGUUACCCGUACAUGUGUCCAAUGUUUUCGAAUGAGACCGCAUACUCUUGAACAAUUUAUGGGUGAUCUGCCAGCUAGUCGAUGUGACAAGGCACUUGCGUUCCAGAGGGUCGGUAUUGAUUUCGCUGGACCUAUAAUGAUUAAGCAGUGCGGGCGAAAGAUGGCUCCUGUAAAGGGUUAUAUUUGCUUAUUCAUUUGUAUGGUUACCAAGGGAAUCCAUUUGGAGGCCGUAGAAAAUCUUUCCACCGAGGCCUUCGUUGCGGCACUCCAGCGAUUUGUGUCGCGUCGCGGCAUACCCGGAAUCAUUUGGACCGACAAUGGUACUAACUUUAUCGGCGCAAAGAGGGAGUUGCACGAACUGUACCAGUUGUUUAAGCAGCAGCAAACCGCACGUCAAAUUUUUGAAUUCUGCCAACCCAGGCUGAUUUGUUGGAAAACAAUCCCUCCGAACGCGCCUCAUAUGGGUGGUUUAUGGGAGGCUGGCGUGAAAAGCGCCAAAACCAUCCUUAAAAAGGUAUCGCAAUCAGCUCUUCUCACGAUGAUGGAGUUCGGCACGCUUCUGUGCCAGAUUGAAGCGGUUCUCAAUUCCCGGCCGCUGUAUGCUCCAUCGGAUAACCCAAAUGAUCCUGAACCCUUGACUCCUGGACACAUGAUGAUAGAUCGCCCACUGACAGCGAUACCUGAGCCGACAUACGAUGGAAUUCCGGUUAACAGAUUGUCACGAUGGCAAUACGUGCAGCAUCUCCGGAAUGGAUUUUGGAAGAGAUGGUCUGGCGAGUACCUGAUGGAACUACAAGCAAGAAGCAAAUGGAGAACGAAGAAGGACAACGUUAAACCCGGAAUGAUUGUUUUGAUAAAGGAGGACAACUUACCUGCACAAUGUUGGAAGAUGGGAAAAAUUGAAACACUAUUCCCGGGAAAGGAUGGCAUCGUGCGGGUGGUAGAGCUGCGAACUGCAACCGGCGUGUUGAAACGGCCCAUCAGUAAGCUUGCUCCGCUGCCUAUUCUGGACAACUCCCCUUCUUCUCCGGCGGAAGAUGUUCGAGCUACCGUGUGA